GGGCGAAGAUAAGGGGGAGGCAGGAGCCACGGCCCCUCAAAAGUUUUUAUUACCUUAUGAUAUGGUGAUGAAUCUCACGUAAUUACAACCUUUGGCCUCUUCUUUUCAUUUUCAUAUCCGGUCUUCGCUCUGACAAAGCACUAUUGGCUCUUGCUCCCCAUUCAAAAGAUGAAGGAAUUGACCAUUCCUUGGUUCCUGGCAAGUUCUUGAGGCUAUAUUAUCUUUGUGUUGUAUAUAGAUAUAUAGCAAAGCUAAAUCUGCAUCUUAUUGCUCUUCCCAAUUAAGUUUCUUAAUUCUUAUCCUACUUUCGAAUUAAUUUCUUCGAAGAAAUCAUGGAAGAAAUCCGUGAUGUUCAAUUAGAUCAAAGCAAAGCCGAGGAUGGAUAUUCCAAUCUGUCUCUUCGGCUACUUGAUCUCUCAGAUAUAGAUGAUUUCAUGGUAUGGGCUACUGAUGAGAAAGUGGUUCAUUUCUGCUCCUGGGAACCUUUCGUCAACAAAGAGGAUGGCUUGAACUACAUCAAAAACACAGUUCUACCUCACCCUUGGUUCAGAGCAAUAUGCCUUGACAACAGACCAAUUGGUGCUAUUUCCGUCACAGCAAAUUCAGGGAAUGAUAAAUGCAGGGGUGAACUUGGGUAUGUUUUGGCAUCCAACUACUGGGGCAAAGGGAUCGCAACAAGAGCUGUGAAAAUGGUGGCCAAGACCAUAUUUGUUGAACGGCCUCAUUUGGAGAGACUUGAAGCUCUGGUUGAUGUGGAAAAUGUGGGGUCUCAAAGGGUGCUGGAAAAGGCUGGGUUUCAGAGGGAAGGUGUUUUAAGGAAGUACAUCAUUCUAAAGGGAAGGUCUAGAGACAUGGUUAUAUUCAGUCUUCUCUCUACUGAUCGUCAAAUUUGACGAUUAUUUGUAAAAAUUCAAACGUUUUGUUGAAUUGUUUCUUGAUUAUAUGUUGUAUGUAAAUUAUAGGCUUCUGGUAAAUAGGCUUACCUAAUGCCAAUGGCUAUGGCAAGUGGUUAAAUUUAAGUUCUUCAAUCUUUUUUAAGGGUUUUAACAAUCAUAUUUACAUUCAAUGUAAUUGGAUAUCAAAAUUUCACAAUGAUCUGAUAUCUUUUUGGGGGUCAAA